AGGAGGCCUAUCGGAAUUUAGUUUUGCGUGUGUAGUCUGGUUUCCGUAAGCUCCCUCUGUAAUCUUCAAUUAUAAUUUCCACUUUUGGAAAAUUUAAGCAAAUGUGUCAAAAUGUUCUAUGCGUUCCCAGGUGUCCACGAUGAAUGCGUUUCUAGUUUGAAGAGGAGGGAUUAAUUACGGUUACUGAACUCUUUACUGAUAAGUGGCUUAAACAGGAACUUGUGUAAAAUCGAAAGAUAAGAAAAGUUCAACAAUUGAACGAGUAAUUAUUUAAUUUUGGGUGAUGGGAGAAACUGUGUUGGGAAAAAGGAACUGGGAACAGUUCCCUUGCCAGCCCAUUCCCAUAGUUUUUUUAGAAACCCACCUCACAGCUAAUCUCCGCUCUACAACCGCUGACAAGCCUCAAUCAACGUUGCGCUUUUUCCUGAGAGUGUAAUGACAGUUUAUAACCCGGUUGUAAAACGUCUCUAUUUAACACUUAUUACUAUUGUGAUGAAUUCGUCAUCAAGGCCUUCACUUGUGACUAGGAAAGAAUUCACUGUGCAAAUUACGGACUCGGUAACUUUUAAUAAAAACAAAUAUUGGAGGAACAUUUAUCGUACAUAUUUUUUUAUUGUUGUGUCACUAAAGUAAAUCUCGCCUAAAGCUUUCCUUACCUUGAUAUCAGGAAGUUUCUGUACGUUCCCACUUCGUGAUAUUUCUUGAUCCUAGGGGCACGAAAAUAAAUUGUACACCCCAUGAAAUCAAACUUUUAAAAAUAUACUUCGUAUAAUUCAUUGAUUAACAUGUCUCUUACGAUUUUUACAAACGUGAGGCACAACUAGGCUAUGACGUCAGAUCGUGAGUCAGCUGUGCAGUCAGCUGAAACCGGGAGUACAGUACUCACUUCCGGAGACUAGGUAGAGUCUAUUUUUGUUGUAUCGACGUCAUUCACUCGGAAGUCAAUAGUCGGCCAUCUUGUCAAGACCUUCAGUGUUUUAGUGAAAGAACUUCGGCAAAGAGUGCCGCAAUCCUCACUGGUACCCCAUCGGUUUUUAAGGAUGGGGAUAUUUUCAAAUUCUGCAAAUUUUGAUUCUCAUCUUGAAAAAGCAACGAGUCAGCUUCUUUUAGAGCCAGACUGGAAUAGUAUUCUUCAAAUUUGUGACUGUAUCCGACAAGAAGAUGUGAACCCCAAAUACGCAAUAGCGGCUAUAAAGAAAAAGGUGUUGGACAAGAAUCCUCGCGUUGCGAAAUUUGGAUUGAUAGUGUUAGAAGCAUGUGUGAAGAAUUGUGGGGCUCCUAUGCAUAAAGAAGUUGCUACAAAAGAGAUCAUGGACUGCUUCAGAGAGCUCGCCAAAUCAAGCCCAGAUCCAGUCAAAGAGCAAAUUCUUAGCAUGAUUCAGACAUGGACGACUGCAUUUCGUAAAGAGCCAAAAUAUAAAGUUGUCCAGGAUACCUUCAACCUCAUGAGAAUGGAAGGUUAUAAGUUUCCUCCAAUAAAUGAUUCAAGUGAUGCCUUAUUCACAGCAGAAACAGCUCCAGAAUGGGCAGAAGGUGAUGUCUGUCACAUGUGUAGGGUCAAGUUUUCCACAUUUCAAAGACAGCACCACUGUAGGAACUGUGGCCAAGUAUUCUGCCAGAAGUGUUCAUCUAAAAAUUCCAUUAUCCCACACUAUGGAAUAGAAAGAGAAGUUAGAGUUUGUGAUCCUUGUUUUUUCAAGAUCAACCCAUCAGCAGGAAAAAGCGAAGAAGGCAGUUCUAAGAAGUCUGACAAAGAAAAAAAAUCUGCAGACUCUGAUUUGCCAGCAGAAUAUCUUAACAGUCCUCUUAGUCGUGAGUCACAGGUUCCUACGAAGAAGACUGAACAAGAAAUUCGAGAUGAAGAGGAGGAGGAGCUGCAGUUGGCUAUGGCAUUGUCACUGUCAGAAGAGGAAGCAACUAAAGAUAUGCGAGCACAUCCAAGCAUUAAACCAUCUCCCUAUAAUGUAGUCUCAGAGCAACCUUACAACUCACACAGGCAGUCCGGUGGCCUAUAUGCUUCUCCAGAUGUUGAAACUGAUUCAUCCAGCAUGGAUCCAGAGCUUGCAAGAUAUCUGAAUCGCUCAUACUGGGAAGAGAGGAGUGAAAGGCAAACAACAAGAGAGAGAACAAGCCCACCAGCCAGUGCACCAGCACAAACCCAGGCUAAUAAUCACACAGAGACGAGAGUUGGUGGAUUAAAAGGAAAAAAGAAAAAGAAGGGAAGGAAAUCGCAGAGAGACAACAAUGAACCCAUGGCUAAUAACAACACGCUUGCUGUUGAAGGCGUAAAUUCAGAAGUGUCUGAAGUGACAGAUGCUAUGGUGAAAUCAUUUCAAAGCAACGUUGAAAUGCUGUUAGACAGAAUGCAGAGAAUUUCCGGUCAAGGGAAGCAUAUCGCUAUGGAUGCUACAGCGCAGUCAUUAUUCCAAACUGUCAGCGCAAUGCAUCCCCAGAUAUUGAGACUCAUAGAAGAGCAAGAAGAGCGAAAAGCUAAAUACGAGGCACUUCAAGUGAAACUUGGCCUUGUGCAUGAAGCGCGUGCAUCCUUGGAUGAGAUGCGAGAACAACACCGUGAAAAAGUUCGUCAGCAGGAACUUGAACAGGAUAUGCUACGACGGAUGCAAAUUGAACAAAAGCUGGAGCUGAUGAGGCAGCAGAAGGCAGAGUACUUAGCUUACCAGCAGCGUUUGCAGGCCGAGCGACAAGCAGUCAUUGAACAACAACAACAACAGCAACAACAGAGAAUACACUAUCAAAGACAGAUGAACCCAUCGCAGCAACAACAGCAGCAGCAGCAAAACCCAUACGCUGGAGUGCAGUAUCCACCCACGGGGGAGUCCAGUCCGUACUCUUCCAUGAAUUACGCUCCGAUGACUGCAGCCGGUACACAACCUUAUAAUGCUCAAAAUCCACUUGCAGGCUACACCCCUACUGUCCCUGCCGGAUAUCAGGCCCCUGAUGCCCCACCACUGUCUCAGUACUCUUCUCGACCUACAGCAGAAGGCUAUAAACCCACCGCCCAGGCGGACUAUAUGCCAUACAGGAACGAAGUGCCAGCCCCUCAAACAGAGUUCCAACCCCAGCCGAGCUCGCUUGAGUAUCAGCCACCAUCAUAUGCAUCUCAAGUUCCACCUGAGUCUGGUCCAUCUUCUCUUCAGCCUUAUAGUCUUGGGGGGUCUCUCCCGGUUCCCACUGCCCCUGCACAAGUACUUCCCCAAGCACCUCCUCCUCAGUAUGCUCAGGUUAGCUCUCAGCAGCCUGGCCCUCCGCCUCUGUAUGGACAGUCUGCGGGUCAGCAGCCACCAAAGCAACCUACGCCACAGAAUCAGUUCCUAGCCACAACACCUCCAGGGAAACAACCCCAGUAUAACCAGGUACCACCCCCCCAAACCCAGUCCCAAUACCCACAACAUCCACAAUAUUCCAAUCCAACGGAAGUAUCACUGGUACCAGAGGUAGCUCCACCCCAGUACCCUCAACACCCAACCCAGGCCCCACAGCCUAAGACGCAGUCAUUUCCUGUUCCACAAGGGAAUGGCUUUCCUCCAACAAUGGAUGCCUCAAGAGGAUCAUCUCAGAUGCAGUUCAACUCAGCACCAACUCAACCACAACUCAACAUGGUUCCACCCAGUGGUCCUUCUUCAUUUCAGCAAGGACCUCCUCCGUUGCAACAAGGAGCCCCAGUGCAGCAAGUCCACCCAAUGCAGCAAGGCCAACCAAUGCAGCAAGGUCAACCAAUGCAGCAAGGUCCACCAAUGCAGCAAGGCCAACCAAUGCAGCAAGGGCAUCCCAUGCAACAGGGCCCUCCAGGGCAACAAGCAUAUGAACCACAACAACAGCCUCAACAGUUUGUACCUCAGCAAGGCUAUCAGCCAGGUCCUGGUCAACGAGUGCCACAGCAAUUUGGAUCAGCAUCGCCGCCCCAAGGUCCACCUUCCCAGAGACAAUUGACAGAUCUAGAGCUAAUCUCUUUUGAUUAAAGGAAACCGUGGAUUCCGCAUGUAUAAAUAAUUACAGUUGCAUUUUUCUUGAAUAGUUUUAGGGUUUGAUUAAUGAUGUACCCAGUUAAUGGUCAGGAGAUUGUUUUUUUUAAAGGACAUAAUUUCUGUCCAGGUGGAAAUGUAAAAAGCGACCAUUGAGGCGACCGUAUGGAUAGUUUUGUAUAUUUGUGUUUUAUUUACCACCAUUUACAACUUAAGAAAUAUUUACUGCGGGCCUGAUAGGUCUUACUUGUAAAAUUUAGAAGUAUCUUUUCUUGAAUUGUUUACCAGCUUCUACUCGAAAAUCAAAAUGGCCUGUGCCAGCUGCUCGCCGUAAUGAUGAAUGGAAUUAUUGAUUAUAUAUUCUGUCGUCACCAGUUAUUAACUUUAUUUUUCUUUAGUCAUAGUUUGUAUUCUCGAGAGUGGAAUAAAUCGUAGAUAUAAUAAAAUAGCACAAAACCAGUGCAUUCGUUUGUUUCUUCUUAGCUUUCUUCGGCUUUUCUCUAUUCAUGUUUUUAGUGGUUUUAUGCUCAGUGGACACAUGACGUCUUUUGAAAUUGAUCUGACAAUAGAAAUCAAAUGCCAGUCUUGGUUAUGCUAAUAUCCCACUUUAUUAAACUCGUGUCUGAUGACAGACUUUAGCUUCCGUCUUUUAGUAAUCACGAAAAAGUGAUUGUCAAGGUAUUCUCAUUAACCCAGCGUUUGGAAUACCAGAUAAAGUUGGUAGUUCGAAAUAUAUCUGUACUCUGUUGGAGACGUGGGUUUAGAAUUCAAAAAAAUUAACAAAGAUAGUCAGAAGAAAAUGGCAAAGAAUCAUUUGGACGAAAGCAAAAAAACAAGAAAUAGACUCUAGAGCACAAAAUUUACUGCUUAAACAGUUUUGUUUGGGUAAAAAUCGACGCAAGUAGCUGAUGAAAUUUCUAAAACGUGGUACAGGCUCAAAAUGAUAAUUCUAGUGAAUAGUUAGAAAUUUAAGCCUUUUUUUGAACGUUAGGUUUCUGCAUUCACACUCACAAAGAAGACAGCAGUUGUGUUUCUUAUUAAAAAAAAUGGAAAAUCAA